CAUCAAACAUCAAAUAUAGUAAGACUUUCAUUUUUCAACAAUGGCUACCCCUAUCUCACUCUCAAUCUCAUCACUAGCUUCUAAAUCCCAGCAAAUGGUGAGGAAUGAGCGUCGGAUGUUGGCCGCAUCCGACGAUGGUGCAAUGAUGAAGCAAAUUCAGUCGACUCAUGCCCCUGAUGGUCGUGUUGUUGAUGUUAAACCAAUUCUCCAAGUCAUUGACAAUGUGUUGCGUAAUAUCAUUCCCAACAUUGAUCAUGCUAUGAAUGGUGGAACGGGACAUAUCGAUGCUCUCGAUGAUCGGACCAACUCGUCUGCCGUUGAUGGUGCACUUGAUGCAUUGGCUUAUAUCGUACACAAAAUCUGCUGCGAGGUAUCAUGCAAGUGUUCAGGAGGAGGGGAUGCUCAUGCAACAACAAUGGGGAUUCUCAACAUGCUUUCAAGCUAUUCAUGGGAUGCAAAAGUGGUGCUAACAUUAGCUGCUUUCGCGGUGAAUUUUGGGGAAUUUUGGCUGAUCGUUCAGCUUUGCACUUCCAACUCGUUGGCCAAAUCCGUGGCUCUCCUCAAGCAGUUACCCGAUAUUUUAGAGCAUUCCCAAACAUUGAAACCCCACUUUGAUGCACUUAACAAGCUCAUCAAUGCAAUGAUUGAUGUAACCAAAUGCAUUGUUGAGUUCACUGAGCUACCUUCUGAGUUUAUUUCGAUCGAUGUACCACCAUUGUCGACCGCCAUGGCUCAUAUCCCCACUGCUACCUACUGGAUCAUUUGGAGUGUCGUCGCUUGCGCUGCACAGAUUACGGGUCUUGUAGGAAUGAGACAUGAGUUCAUUACAUCAACUUCGGAGGCAUGGGAACUGUCAAGCUUGGCACAUAAAGUUAGUAGCAUACAUGAACACCUUCAAAGUCUAUUACGUCUUUGUUAUCAACGCAUUGAUGAGAAGAAGCUAUUGGAAGCUUUUGAAGACUUCAAGCGUACUAUUGAAACACCUCAAAUGGACAACUUGAGGAUUCUCCUAAAAAUCUUCCGCAAGGAAGAGACUUAUUAUCUCUUGAAUCCAGACAAUACCAAGCAGGUUCUUAUCGAUGUCUUGAGAAGAAAGCAUGUUUUAUUGCUCAUUUCAGAUCUUGACAUCUCCCAUGAGGAGAUUCGAGUUCUUGAGGCUCUUUACAAAGGUGAAAGGGUAUCAUCUGAGCUUAACUAUGAGAUCCUAUGGCUCCCAAUCGUGGAGAGAUCAACUUGGAACGAUGAUUAUGAACAAAAGUUUUUGAGCUUGAAAUCAAUUAUGUCAUGGUAUACAGUGAACCAUCCUUUCGCCAUUGAACCAGCAGUGAUUAAAUACAUAAUGGAAGUAUGGGGUUUCGUUAAGAAACCAAUUGCGGUGACACUGGAUCCACAAGGAAAGGUUUUAUGCCCAAAUGCACUCAACAUGAUGUGGAUAUGGGGAAAUUCAGCUUUCCCAUUUAGCAGUGAAAAAGAAGAAAGUUUUUGGAAAGCUGAAGCUUGGACCCUUGAGCUUCUCGUUGAUCGCCUUGAGCCAAACUUAUCUACUUGGGUGAGCCAACAGAAAGUGGUAUGUUUCUAUGGUGGUGUCCAAAUGGAAUGGAUCGAAAGUUUCGCUACCGCAACAAAAGGGGUUGCGAAGGCUCUCGACAUUGGCAUAGAAAUGGUUUAUGUUGGCAAAAACAAUGCAAGGGAACGAGUGAAAAAGAUUACUGGUCUAAUCAAAGAGAAGAAACUUAGCCACGCUUGGGAAGAUGGCAAUGUGUGGUUCUUUUGGAACCGAUUAGAGAGCAUGUUGUACUCGAAAACCCAGCAUGGGAAAGCCAUUGAAAACGAUGUUAUAAAGCAAGAAGUGAUGACCUUGCUUGCAUAUGACGGUAGUGAAAAUGGAUGGGCAGUGUUCUUCACUGGUUCAGAUGAAAUGGUGAGAGCCAAUGGAGAUAAAGUGCUUAGCAGCAUGAAGAGCUUUGAGGAAUGGGAAAAACUUGCGAAGCAAAUGGGGUUUAUCCCAGCACUUCGUAAACAUUUGGAAGGGAUUACCGAUGAACAUCACUGCACUCGCCUUAUCCUACCGGGAAACAGUGGCGGGAUUCCGGAGAGAGUGCAGUGUGCUGAGUGUGGACGUCCGAUGGAGAUGUAUUUUAUGUAUCGCUGCUGUGUUGAGUGAGAUAAACAAAGCCAAAAAAUUAUCUUUUGGGAGGGACCAAGUAAAAGACUAGAAAUAAAAAUAACAAUCAUCAUAGUUUGAUGUUUGUUUAGAGUUAUUUAUGAUUAUCAUAUCUAGAGUCUACGAUGUUGUGAUGUUUGUGCGCUUUGUAAUAAUGUUUAGGGCUCUUUUAUUAUCCGACACCAGAUAUCGAAGAGCCUUAGCUGAUUUUAUCUGACUGUGUUUUGUUUGUAAGAUUACUUUUGGCAAAUAAAGUGUUUUCCAAGUUUAUGGCUUGUAAACCAUCA